AGCGAGUGAUCUGCACUAGUGAAAGAACCACAGGCAGGUGUUUAUCCGAGCUAAGAAAGUCAGGGAGAUGACAAUGAGGCCGCUCAUCUUUCUUGCCUUGGCCGUCCUGCUCGCCGGUGUCGCACUGGAAGGGGGCGCUGAGGCUGCCGGCGAGUGCGGAAAGUCCUCCGCCGACCGGAUGGCCCUGCGAAUGGCGCCAUGCAUCUCGGCGGCAGACGACCCGGAGUCCGCACCGACGGGAAGCUGCUGCUCGGCCGUGCAUACCAUCGGCAAGAGCCCCAGCUGCCUAUGCGCCGUCAUGUUGUCCGGCACCGCCAAGAUGGCCGGGAUCAACCCUGAGGUCGCAAUCACCAUCCCCAAGCGCUGCAACAUUGCCGACCGCCCCGUCGGCUACAAGUGCGGAGAUUACACGCUGCCUUGAUAACGCAGCUUUGCUACCGAUCGAACGAAUGCCGUGUAAGGCAUUGUGUGGGAAUAAGCGAGGCAUGUGUGGCUCCACUUAGGUGGGGCUCUAGCAACAUCGUUGUGCCUGCAUGUGUGUGCUUGUGGAAACAUGUUCGGAAUCAUCUAAUGUUUCGUCUCUGUUAAACCUAUGUGAACGUCUCUCUUUGAUUGUCA